AUGUGCCUCUCGUUUGCAUUGUUUAGACUUCUGUGUCGUAGAUUUGCAGGAUAUUCCUUGUCGGAGAGCUCUCAUGAGAAGACAUGGAAGCUUGUUCGAAACGGUCUACUUUUUAAGGAAGGUGAUAAUGAAAGAGCAUUCAGAGUUAUUGAAGUAGAACUCUCAUUUCUCUAUGAUUUCUUCUACACGAAGUAUCCUGCCAUCUUUAGAGGAAGAAUGUUAAUAUUUAAAAUCAUUCAGCUUAUUACAGUCGUAAUUGUUUUCUGGUUCACAGUGUCUACACUACAAAAUUAUCGAUCACCAAAUGGAUAUCUGAACCUCAUCACCAUCACUGGACAUAGCGUUGAUGUUCUAGUUACAGGCAUAAUGAUGAUGGCCAUCAUCUUUGUAGAUAUCAUGCAAGCUUUCUUGCUUAUAUUUUCAGAUUGGUCAAAAGUGAUGUGGAUUUGCAAGUAUGUACAGAAAGAAUCAUGGCAAAAUAGAAAAUGGAUAGAGAAGAUGAUUGAAAUCGUAUGCCAUGGAUCAUGGUUAAAACCUUGGGAAGGAAAACUCGGGCAAUACUCUCUACUUGAGUCCUUUGAUCACAGCCCAUUUAAACUGAUAUAUGACUAUAUUGUCACUUAUUGUACAAGUAGACCAGGAAUCAAAGAAAAUGCUCACAUUGAAUUGCCUGUUGAAGUGAAGAAAGCAGUGGCAGAUUCAAUAAGAAUUAACGAACGGCGAUUGACAAAUGGUGUAGCUUCACUGGAGCGAAAUGGUGUUGCAGACCAACUUUCAUGGGCAUGUAGAUUAGAGACACAGGCACAUGUUUUCAUGGUCUGGCAUAUAGCCACUAGUCUUUGUGAGUUUAAAUCAUCAGAGCAAGUUAAUCCACAAAGUCUAGGAGAGAACUUUGUAGUUGCAACAAGCUUAUCUAAAUACUGUGCCUAUUUGGCUGUUUUUGCUCCAAGAUUUUUGCCAGAUCAUGCUUAUACGACAGAACUUAUUAUUGACAAGGUACUUGGGGAAGCCAAGGAUGUUCUGAUUGGUUGCAAGAACCGCACGAGCAUUUAUGAAAAGUUGAUGGCACUUGACAAAGACAAUACUGAAGAAACUAUAAUUAAAAGAGGUGCAAAGCUUGGACAUGUUAUGAUUGAAGGAAUAGAAGACGAAGAGCUAAGAUGGAAGGUUCUGGCUGAUUUUUGGGCAGAGUUGAUGUUGUUUGUGGCUUCAUCAAAUGACAUACAAGUUCAUGCAGAUUAUCUAGCCAGGGGUGGAGAGUUUGUGACACACUUAUGGGCUUUGCUUACUCAUGCUGGUAUACUCACACAAGACUCAACUGAGCAAGAUGUUUGA